UGGUCGUUUCUUGCUCGUAAAGGGGGGAUCCUCAUCGGCAGUUGAUACGGCUCCUUACUGAUAGCACCGUCCCCAGAGUCAACAUUAGCUUCUUCUCCCCUCCUAAUUGGCGUUUUCCAGUGAUGACAGAGCUUUCAACGGAGCGUCUUGAUGGGAAGCGUCCUCUGUCACCCCGCCACACGGACCAUGUUUCACGGAGCUUACAUAAACAAAGCGCUGGUUUACGAUGAUGGGACCUCGGGCAGAAGCGGGGACACAGCCAGAGGCAGCCAUGAGCCCACCACGCCGAUCAUCGAGUUCCCAUGGUGACAGGCCCUCCACUGAGACCCUCCAGAAGAACAACAGCAGCAACUCUGGCGUGAUUCUGGACAUCUCGUCUCUCAAGAUGGCAGACAUAGAUUCAGAGGUGCCUCCUCUUCCGCCUCGCUACCGCUUCAGGGACCUGCUGCUUGGGGACCAGACGUUUCAGAAUGAUGACAGGGUGCAGGUGGAGUUCUAUGUGAAUGAGAACACCUUCAAGGAGAGGCUGAAGCUCUUCUUCAUCAAAAACCAAAGGUCAAGUCUGAGGAUCCGCCUGUUCAACUUCUCAUUGAAGAUCCUGACCUGCGCCCUUUACAUACUGAGAGUCAGCCUGGACGAACCCAAGGCCAACUGCGAUGUGUGUACAAAUUGUCAGAACAACAGUUGGAAUACCACAGCAGACCCAUCGAAAAUCAACUGGGAGUUGAUCUUCUGGGUUUGCAGACGGGAACCUGUAUGGGCAAUACAGGUGACAGUGGCCUUAAUUAGUUUCUUGGAGACCAUGCUUAUCACAUAUCUCAGCUACAAGGGAAACAUUUGGGAACAGAUCUUCCAGAUUUCCUUCAUAUUGGAGAUGAUAAAUACAGUGCCAUUUAUAAUCACAAUCUUCUGGGCCCCACUGAGAAACAUAUUUGUCCCUGUAUUUCUCAACUGCUGGCUAGCCAAAUGUGCCCUGGAGAACAUGAUUAAUGACUUUCAUCGUGCCAUCCAGAGGACCCACUCUGCCAUGUUCAACCAGGUGUUCAUCCUCAUCUGCACCUUAUUGUGUCUGGUUUUCACCGGGGCGUGUGGGAUACAGCACCUAGAGAGGGCUGGGAAGAACCUGUCUCUGUUUGACUCACUCUAUUUCUGCAUCGUCACCUUCUCCACCGUGGGUUAUGGGGAUGUUACGCCACAGAUCUGGCCCUCCCAGCUGCUAGUGGUCAUCCUCAUUUGUGUGGCCCUGGUAGUGCUCCCACUACAGUUUGAAGAACUGGCCUACCUGUGGAUGGAGAGCCAGAAGUCAGGAGGAAACUACAGUCGCCAUCGGGCCCAGACUGAGAAACAUGUGGUGUUGUGCGUCAGCUCGCUGAAGAUUGAUCUGCUGAUGGAUUUCCUCAAUGAGUUCUAUGCUCACCCCAGACUGCAGGACUACUACGUGGUGAUCCUGUGUCCAACGGAGAUGGACAUCCAGGUUCGUCGUAUCCUCCAGAUCCCUCUGUGGUCCCAGAGGGUCAUCUACCUCCAAGGAUCUGCUCUCAAAGACCAAGACCUCAUGAGGGCCAAGAUGGAUGAUGCUGAGGCCUGCUUCAUCCUCAGCAGCAGGAACGAAGUGGACCGAACUGCUGCUGACCACCAGACCAUUUUGAGGGCGUGGGCUGCAAAGGACUUUGCACCAAACUGCCCCCUCUACGUCCAGAUUCUCAAACCAGAAAAUAAAUUCCAUGUAAAGUUUGCUGAUCACGUAGUUUGUGAGGAGGAGUUCAAGUACGCCAUGCUGGCACUGAACUGUGUGUGUCCAGCCACAUCCACUUUGGUCACACUCCUGGUUCACACUUCCAGAGGACAAGAGGGACAGAUGUCACCGGAGCAGUGGCAGAGGACAUACGGACGCUGCUCUGGAAACGAGGUCUACCACAUCCGCCUUUGUGACAGCAAGUUUUUUGGGGAGUAUGAUGGAAAAAGCUUCACCUAUGCCUCCUUCCAUGCACAUAAAAAGUAUGGUGUUUGUCUUAUUGGGGUAAAAAGGGAAGACAACAAGAGCAUCCUCCUGAAUCCGGGCCCCCGCCAUAUCAUGGCCGCCACCGACACCUGUUACUACAUCAACAUCACCAAGGAGGAGAACUCAGCCUUCAUCUUCAAACAGGAGGAGAAGCACAACAAGGGACUGCCCGUUUCCGGCCUGUACGACGCCCCCUCCAGGCUGCCGGUGCACAGCAUCAUCGCCAGCAUGGGCACAGUGGCCAUAGAUCUGCAGAACCCGGAUCCCCCAGAGGACAGUGGCAAGCUCACCUUGCCGACCGAGAACGGUGCUGGGAGCCGCAGGCCCAGCAUCGCACCCGUCCUCGAAAUUGCUGACUCCUCCGCCAUCCUGCCUUGUGACCUGCUCAGUGACCAGUCAGAGGACGAGACCAACCAAUCAGACGAGGAGGGCUCCGUGGGUUCAGAUUUCGUGAAGGGCUACCCUCCCAACUCUCCCUACAUUGGCAGCUCUCCAACUCUGUGCCAUCUCCUACCACAGAAAGCUCCAUUCUGCUGCCUGCGCCUGGACAAGGGCUGCAUGCAUAACAGCUUUGAGGACGCCAAGGCGUACGGUUAAAAUAAGCUGAUUAUAGUGUCUGCUGAAACGGCGGGGAACGGCCUCUACAACUUCAUCGUCCCUCUGCGGGCUUACUACCGGCCCAGGAAGGAGCUCAACCCAAUAGUGCUGCUGCUGGACUAUCCGCCUGACAACCACUUCCUGGAGGCCAUUUGCUGCUUCCCAAUGGUUUAUUUCAUGGCUGGCACCAUUGAUAACUUGGACAACCUGCUCCAGUGUGGCAUAAUCUACGCUGACAACCUGGUGGUGGUGGACAAGGAGAGCACCAUGAGCGCUGAGGAGGACUACAUGGCAGAUGCCAAAACCAUCGUCAACGUCCAGACAAUGUUCAGGCUGUUCCCCAGUCUGAGUAUCAUCACUGAGCUCACACACCCGUCCAACAUGAGGUUCAUGCAGUUCAGAGCGAAGGACUGCUACUCUCUGGCUCUCUCCAAGCUGGAGAAGAUAGAGCGAGACAAGGGCUCCAACCUGGCCUUCAUGUUCCGCCUGCCGUUCGCUGCGGGCAGGGUGUUCAGUAUCAGCAUGCUGGACACACUGCUGUAUCAGUCGUUUGUUAAGGACUAUAUGAUCCCUAUCGUGAGGCUGCUUCUUGGUCUGGACACCACGCCGGGCUCUGGCUAUCUGUGUGCUAUGAAGGUAACAGAGGAGGAUCUGUGGAUCAGGACUUACGGCAGACUCUUCCAGAAGCUGUGUUCCUCCAGCGCCGAGAUUCCCAUUGGGAUCUACCGCACCGAGUCACACAUGUUCUCCACCUCCGAGUGCAAGGAAGGUUACCCACAGUCUCAGGUGUCCAUCAACGUGGAGGAGGGCGAGGAGCAGCGUGAGCGUGGUGAGCUGUGGAAGGAGAAGACAGCCCAUCGAAACUCCACCACCAGCGACCAAUCAGAGCACCCGCUGCUCAGGAAGAAGAGCAUGCAGUGGGCGCGGCGCCUGAGCAGGAAAAACACCAAGAUGCCCAGCCGCACCGAGCGCAUCUCCCAGCAGCGCCUCAACUUGUACCGGCGCUCUGAGAGGCAGGAGCUGUCCGAGCUGGUCAAGAACCGCAUGAAGCACCUGGGCCUGCCCACCGUGGGAUACGAGGAUGUUUCUAAUCUCACUGCGAGCGAUGUCAUGAAUCGAGUAAAUCUAGGAUAUUUGCAAGAUGAGAUGAACGACCACCAGAACACACUCUCCUACGUCCUCAUCAACCCUCCGCCCGACACCAUGCUGGAGCUUAAUGACAUCGUGUAUAUUAUCCGGUCUGACCCGUUGGCACACAUGCCAGAAGAGGCGUCUGUGAGUCAAUCCCGUGGCACCAGGAACCAGCAAGACUUUGGUACGGAGACAAGGGACGAGACCCACCUCUGAAACCUCGUCAGUCCUCAGAUCCCUGCCCUCCUUCUCUCCAGUCGCCCCUGAUAUGAUGCAAAAACAUACAGGGAGACAGAGAGACCCUGACCCUUACCUCCAAGCCCUGAGACUGAAAGGGCUCGUUUCUCUCACACAGAUUAAGGCUACAGUCUUGGACCAAGACUCACCUGUCAAUAGAGAACAUGCAUAACGUGUUUCAGCCUGAGGCCAGAUGUGAUCUGUUGUUGAGGACAAUCUUGAGAGACCUUGUGUUUCCACUGAGCUGCUAUAGAAGGAUGCAUGAAGAGUGCCUCGUCAUAAACUCCUUUCUCCCCUCACACACCCACAUACUUACAGAUAUAGCCCUCGCAAAAGAAUAAAUGAAAUGGACCUGUCACUGGAGACACGUCUGUUUCCGUUGAGUAACCAAAGGAGUGAGAGACCUGAGUUGUUUUGGGAGAGAUCAUGUGACAUUGUAAGGCUGCAUUCAGACAAAGCUUUUGGCUUUCAUGCAAAAAAUGUCAGGUGCUUUGUAAGGUACAGAGCUUCUCCAUCAUUCAAAUGAGUACGUCCAGACAUCCAGGACAUGCCCUGCGCCAAAGUAAAGGGAGUUUCCACUUUUGAAACAGAACAAGGGGAUGUGGUUGUGAGUGCAUCUGAAGCACUGGAGUGCCUCUCUCUGUUGCAAACAGCAGAGAGGCGCUCUGUGCUGCUUCAGAGAACAAGCUUCGUCUGAACGCAGCCUAAGGAAGUUUGUGCUCAGACAGGAAGUGAGGUCAUUUCACUCAGCAUGUCAUGCCCAGGGGUGAGGUUGCCCUCAUGCCCUGACUGAGGCUCAGUUUCCUGCACAUUUUCCUUACCUUAGCUGGUACAUGAAUUUGCCAACCUGACAGCGGGUCAAAAUCUUCACCCUUCACAUUUUGUCGAGAUUUAAAACAAUCCUGUUUUCUAAAGAUAUGGGUAUGAAUUUCUAGAUAUUCAAGAAUUGACCAUGGAAUUUCGGUACGUGUGCACUUUUUUAUUUAUUACAAAUGUUUGUUUUUUGUUCAGGCAGUAUUUAUAAUCAGUUUUUCUGACAAGAUUUUCCAUUUUCCUUUAUAUGAGCACAAACUUUUUUACAACACAGUAUGCCAUCUGUGAACAUACACAGUCUAUGUAGGGACACUUUUAUUUGCCAUUUUAGAUUUGUGAGCCUUUUUUCACUGUUGUUUGGUUAUUUUAGAAAGGGGAAUACUGUCAACUAAUGAACAAUGUUUUAUUAUACUAAUAUAAUUGUCCUAAACAGUAUCCUGUAUAUGUCCACUCUCUUGCUUUGAAAAUAUGUUCUCAUCAGCCUCCAUACGGUACAGUAUGUGCCAUUCUUUAUCAGUUAUUUAUAUUUAACUCUAGUCAACUUGAAUUCAUUGGGAAUUGUUGAAUAUCAUGAUCAUCUAUUUUCAUAACUGUUAUCAGUUGUGAAUGUACGUUGCAGUAUGGCUGGUAGCCUGAUUAUGUUGCACAGAUUAGCGAUAGGCAAAGUCAAAUCUAUCCAUAUGGAUGGAAGCUGAAGCUGAAAAUGAAGCGUUGUCCUCUCCGUAUUGUACAGGCCAUACCUUGUGCAUAAUGCAGUGUCAAUGUGCAGUAUUUAUUCUUCAUUUGAAAUAAUUUUGAUGAUCAUGUGUCACUGUUGAUCUGUAUGUCUUGUUUUAUCACUGUAAAUAGUAACUUUAUACAGUAUGUUUAUCGUUUGGUAUUUUGUUCCUUUUGGCCUAUGCUGUAUGAUACAAAUGAAAGAGGACUUGAACUACUUUUGCACUAAGCUCUGUGGGGAUGUCUAGAGCGUGAUAGCAUGACCCUUUAACCUGAGUCUAUACAAAACGGUGGACAGUAUUCAACCAUUCCUAAGAACCAAGAUAGUCAAACGUGCUGGAUCAAGUAGUGCAUUUGCGGUUUUGAUCAGCUUGCCUUUGUUGUCAGCUUAAUUUUAGCGUGUCCCAUUUUUUAAUAUGUUGAAAAAAUUUGAAAGGAAUGACAAAGAAAUCUCGGAUGAAUUGUGUCUUUGAAAUAUCAUGAAUGAGAUCCACCAGUGUUGGACUGGAUAAAUGACCAGGCAUUGUUUUGUUUGGUUUUGUUACAGUAUUACCCCCCCCCCCCCCCCUUGGAGUCCAUAAGCAUUUCUCUGGUGUUGUAAAAUGUAUUUGUUUUGUAAAGUGUCCCGUUUAAGUGCUAUUUAUUUUACUUAAUGCAAGCCAAGGCCCCUCGGCAGGGCAGUUUACAGGACAGGGGAACUGAAGAACAAAAAAGGUGGAAGCAGUGUUCAACGCCAUGUAUUCAAUGUCUUCCUGAGUCAUCACUUCUCUCUGGCAAAACGUCAACCCCCAAAAGGCCAUUCUCCUUUUGGAAAAGUAUCUACUCUUCACUUCAGAUUUCCUAUUGUCUGUACUGUAAUGUCACAAGGGGCAUGUAAACACAAAAAGCAUGUUUUGAUAUACAGCUUGCCAAGAAAAACAUGUUUUUGUACAUUCAGCUGGACAGUGCAACGUCCCAUGGCUAGAAAAAUUACCAAUUAUGACACUGCUUGUAAUUUGGAACCAUAUCAUUUGAUAUUGUGUAUUUACAUGAAUGGACUGUGCAUGUCCUC